UUGCUCUGAGUUUAGAUUGAGAAGGUGGCUGUACUUUUGGAGACGUGUUCAUAUCUAAGGAAGAUAUCAAAUUUCGGAUUAGGUUUUUAUUUCGGAGACUUUUCAAGGAACAUGAGAAGAUUAUCUGAGAAGAUUAUCUGCGCAGACAGGCCGAGCGACGGAAAGAACUCAGUUCAGCUCCAUCUCAGGAAACACCUGAUCUCCACGAGCUUUUGAGGAAGCCCGGAGCCACAGAGCCCCACCCACUUCUUUCCAGACCGCGCCAUCCUUCCUCACUCCCGGCCUCCUCUCUAGCCAAUCACCGCUCAGUUUAACGUCAUCACCGAGCGCCAUCAGGGAGCGUGUCAGAGGCCGACCACGUGUACUGUGGAGACUGUCAAAGUCUCCCGGAGCCCAAUUUCCGGAAGCGGUGAGUUCUGAAAGAAGUUCCUGCACCGUAGUUUCCCAAGUCUGCGAAUCCCCAACCAUGAGCGCCUCGGGCGUACUGUCCUUUACCCAGCAAGGAUGGGAGCAGGUGCUGGCCAAAGUGAAACGAGCUGUGGUUUACCUGGACGCCGCUUGCGCCGAGAGCCUGCACUGGGGCUGCGGAUCCACCCGUCUCCUGGAGGCGGUGGGGGGUCCUGACUGUCACCUGCGAGAGUUCGAGCCCGACGCAAUUGGUGGUGGAGCCAAGCAGCCCAAGGCGGUGUUUGUGCUGAGCUGCCUGCUGAAAGGCCGGACCGUGGAGAUCCUACGGGACAUCAUCUGCCGCAGUCACUUCCAGUAUUGUGUGGUGGUCACAACCGUGAGCCACGCUGUCCACCUCACAGCUAAUCAUGUCCCAGCGGCGGCAGCGGCCGAGAUGGAGGGGCAGCAGCUGGUGUUCGAGCAGCUGGAGGAGAAGCUGUGUGAAUGGAUGGGCAACAUGAACUACACGGCCGAGGUGUUCCAUGUCCCGUUGUUGCUUGCCCCUGUUGCUCCCCACUUUGCCUUGACUCCAGCUUUUGCAUCCCUUUUCCCACUGCUACCCCAGGAUGUGCACCUCCUUAAUAGCGCCCGACCGGACAAGAGGAAGCUGGGAAGCCUGGGUGAUGUGGACUCCACUGCGCUAACCCCAGAGCUGCUGCUGCAGAUCAGAUGCCUAGUGUCAGGCCUCAGUUCUCUGUGUGAACAUUUAGGAGUACGGGAGGAGUGUUUUGCUGUAGGUUCCUUAAGUCGGGUCAUCGCUGCGGAUCUGGCCAAUUAUGCCCCUGCAAAGAACAGGAAGAAGACUGCUGCAGGCAGGGCAUCAGUGGUUUUUGUGGACAGAACCCUGGAUCUCACAGGAGCAGUUGGACAUCAUGGAGACAACUUAGUAGAGAAGAUCAUUUCAGCACUUCCCCAGCUCCCAGGCCACACAAAUGAUGUGAUGGUUAACAUGAUAGCGCUCACUGCACUCCAUGCUGAGGAGGAAAAUUAUAAUGUGGUUGCACCAGGCUGUCUUUCACAAUCCAAUGACACCACAGCCAAAGCCCUAUGGGAAGCUUUACUGAACACUAAGCACAAAGAGGCAGUGAUGGAAGUUCGGAGACAUCUAGUGGAAGCAGCAAGCAGAGAAAACCUGCCAAUCAAGAUGAGUAUGGGGAGAGUCACACCGGGACAGCUCAUGUCCUAUAUUCAGCUCUUCAAGAACAACCUCAAAGCUCUAAUGAAUCAUUGUGGCCUCCUCCAGCUUGGACUGGCCACAGCUCAAACGUUGAAACACCCACAGACUGCCAAGUGGGACAACUUUCUGGCUUUUGAAAGGCUCCUUCUUCAGAGCAUUGGGGAGUCAGCAAUGUCCGUUGUGUUAAAUCAGCUGCUGCCCAUGAUUAAGCCUGUAACCCAGAGAACCAACGAGGACUACAGCCCUGAGGAACUGCUGAUCCUUCUCAUAUAUAUUUAUUCUGUCACUGGAGAGCUCACGGUAGACAAAGACCUGUGUGAAGCAGAAGAAAAAGUCAAGAAAGCAUUGGCUCAGGUCUUCUGUGAGGAAUCUGAAUUGUCACCUUUGCUGCAAAAAAUUACGGACAUUGGUACUCUCAGAAAGAUACAUUGCCUUUUCGAACCCGACUCCAAGAUAUGGGAAAGAGAAGACAGUCCAAGGACCUUACAGCAAAUUCUUAAUGCAAAAGAAUGAAGUAUAUGUGAACAUUUUUAAAGCAGUAGGGUGAGUGACCCCAGGACUCUCACUUCUCCAACCUUACAUUGCAUCAGGAGAAAACAACAGAGAGAAAGAUUUUAUUUUUUUGACCCUAAAUGGUCCCCAUAGUAAUCUCACUAAUAAUUGAUCAGGGCAUUCUGAAAAUAAGUUGCAAACUUGGGAAGAUACAGUUUUUUUCAAUAGAGGAUAAUUAAAAUGCCUUCAUAGAAAUGGAGUACUUCUGGAGACUUCGACUUGGUAAAACUUGUGUUUGUUUAGUAAUUCUUGAUUUAAACAAAGCCAGGUUUAUGUGUGUUGCGCUGGGGGAGGAGAAAUAAGGAAACCAAUGAGCUUAUAUACAAGUAAGUCACUUUUGUGUGGAUUUGUGAGGCCUUGGCCCUUCUUUCUAUUCCCUCUCCUUUUGGGAUCUCAUCCAAGCUAAAAACUUCAGCUGUGUCAUCCACAGAGAUAAUUAAUUUGGAAAAGAAAGAUUCACAAUGACCAUGAUAGUAAAAUAUUGGAUAAGCUGUCUUGGGAAAAAGGGAUUCGACUUCAUUUCAAAGAAAGUCAGAUUCCAUCAUCUGGGAGAGCCAGUCUGGGGCUAAGGCAGGUUUCCUACUGCUGAUUAAAGCAGACGGACAGGGAGGCAAGAAGUUACAACUUUCGUCUACUUUCUUAGCCUGUUUCAGUCAUGCUGCCCCCCCAAACUAUUUUCAUCAUAGCAUUAACACAAUGCUCAUUUUAACAUAUUAUUUCAAAAAGAAAAAAAUAGGAAGACAAUCAUAUUUUGAGAAUGUGGCCAAGGAGAAUGACCUCUGCCACCCCAUUCCCAGCCCAGCUAUGCUUCUUCUUAAAUGUGCUACCUUCAGGAGAAAAUACUACAACCUACAGACGACAUUUAUAGGGAAGACUAUUUCAACUCAAUAAAGGGUAUCAUUUUUUGU